AUGGCGUGGCGGUCCGCGCCGUGCAUUAUGGGGAUCGACGAGGCGGGCCGAGGCCCCGUACUCGGUAAUGCCUCGCCCCGUUGUCCGUCGCAGUAUGCUCCGUUUUUUACCUUUGCCCGCGGGAAUGCUUGCCACAAUCGCGGGAAUGCAUCGCCCCGUCCCAUUCCUCCCCACUCGCACACUGCCGCCAUCUCUCCCGUUCGCUCUCCAUUCAUCCUCCCUCCGCUACCCCGUGCUGUGCGCGCAGGGCGCAUGGUGUACGCGUGCGCGUGCAAGUGGCCUAUGUGUCCGCUCAAAGCCCCCCCACCCCCACUUCCCCUCUCUUUUCCUCCUUCCCUGCUGUGCUGUGAGCGCAGACCCCAUGGUGUAUGCGGCAAGGAGGUGACAGCUGAGGUGACUCAAAAGGGCCCCUCUGAGUUGGAGGCUUUGAGUGCUGCCAGCAGCAAGGAGGUGACAGCUGAGUCGACUCAAAGGGGCCCCUCUCCCUCCUCUCUUCGCUCCCCUCUCUCCCCUGUGCUGAGCGUGCAGGGCCCAUGGUGGCCCAUGGUGUAUGCGGUUGCGUACUGGCCCAUGGUGUAUGCGGUUGCGUUCCGUGCUGCCAGCAAGCAGGUCGACUCAACGGGCCCCCUUCUCCCCCCUCCCUCUCCUCCCUCUCUUCUCCCCCCUCACUUCCCCUCUGCUGUGUUCACACAUGGCCCAUGGUGUCCCAUGGUGUAUGCGGUUGCGUUUUGUGCUGCCAGCAGCAAGGAGCGAGUGGCGCGAAUGGGCUUUGCUGGUAAGUGCUGGUGCUGGUGGGUGCUGGGUGUUGGUGGGUUCUGCUGGGUGCAGGUUUGA